AGCAGCUGUGAUGAUGAUGAUGAUGAAGAAGAAGCUCGCCGGGCUGGACGCUCCUUCCUCCUCGCUGUUUUUUUUUUUUUUUAAUUAUUCCCGUUCAAAAUUCGGUGCCGAUUUGAAAGAAGAUGACAUAGUCGGAUUGUGAGCGACGGCACCUGAGAGGAAAGAGUGUCGUCAUCCAGCCGGUGGCGGACAAAGAGCGUCUGGAAAACUGCAUGUGUGUUGUGAGCCUUCGCCGACGGCGACACCACUUCGACAAACUUCGGCUGCAAUCGGCCAGAAAGUCGAUGACGUCUCCGGUCUCGGUGCUGGCAAAGAUCGUCUAUUAUAAGGAUUUGAUCGAAAGCGAUUUGCCGAAAGCUGUUGAGUUGUUCAAUACCCUCACAGAGCAGGUGGCUGCAGUGACGCGUCAUGUCCAAGAGCUGCUGACGAAAGUGAAAGGUGGUGCAUUUAACACAUCUAAGGGUUUGUCCUUUUUGGAUCUCCGCUAUCACCUGCUGCUCUUCUACCUCCAAGAUCUCACUCACCUGAUCAGCAUCAAGACGGAAGGUGGCAAAAUAAAGGAGAGUGAAGCCUUAAACCGACUGGUCACCAUCAGGACGGUCCUGGAGAAGAUGCGACCUCUUGACCACAAACUGAAGUACCAAAUUGAUAAACUGGUGCGCACAGCUGUCACUGGCAGUUUGGCUGAAAACGACCCGCUGCAGCUUCGUCCCAAUCCGGAGAAUCUUAUGAGCAAACUGAGUGACUCCGAGUCUGAAGAUGAGGAGGAGAACAAGGUGUCAGAGAAAAAAGCAGCCCGCGCCACUGACAGGAAAUAUCUUCCACCCAAAAUCGCUGCAGUGCAUUAUGAUGGCGACAUGACUGAAGCGGACAAGCAGAAAGCUCAGGUGGAGCGGCAGAAACGGGCAGCGCUGAGAAGUUCUGUCAUCCAGGAGCUGAGGCAGCAGUACAGCGACGCUCCCGAGGAGAUCCGGGAAAGACGUGACUUCCAGAGUGAGCGCGAAAGCCGCGAGGAGCUCCACAGGAAAACCUACGAGGAGUCCAUGAUGGUCCGUCUCAACGUUCCCAAGCGAGAGAAAAACUCCAAAAAGAGAAGACUGAUGGCCAUGUCCGGUCAGCUGAGCGGCAUCACUCACUUUGGUGACAUCACAGCGCUGACUGGCGGCGAGGGCGGCCAGGAUGGCGAUAACCUUCGGCCCAAGAAAAAGAAGAAGCUCAUGAAGAAGAACACCAAAAGAAAAGCCUUCAAGAAGCACAGAUAAACCAUCAUGGAGGCGUCAUCAUUCUGGUUAAUACAGCACAUUUACCAUCUCUACAUAGAACACUUUUGCUGGAUACCUUCUUGAAGAGCUGAUGCUUUUGUCAUCUUUUGCUCAGAUUUCAUGAGUGAUGACCUUUUUUUUUUUUUUUUUUUA